AUGGCCCCCUACCUGCUUCGGCUUAUCCUUAUCUUGUUCACGCUCUCCAUACUAAGCAUCUCAACUAAGGGCAUCCUCGUCAACAUCCCUCCAGAAGUCUUGGGGCGCAUGCAACAGGCAACUACGGACUGCAUUAAACUAGCAACUUUAGUUUCGAUCGUUUUCGCCGACUGCGAUCCAGUGUUCCAGCGGUACUUUCCUGUCGGCGACGCGCCCUUUGUGGAACAGGUAUUCCGCCGAAUCGCCAACUUCCCACCCGAUGCCGUCCUGGAACUUACCGACUUCGAAACGAUCAUGCAGCAACGAGCUGACGUCGGCCUAGAUCGGCGGCUUAUCGACCUGCUCAUCACAUAUGACAAUCACCCAAACGGAAUUCAACAAUUUUGCGACGACGACGAUGACACCCUCGGUUUCUUUACCUUGCUCACCACUGGUGAACCCUGCGUGUGUAUCUGCCCAUACACUAUGCGGGCUUUCCCCGAUGAAGAAGAGAUUAACAACCCGCCAGCCUGGGCCCGGGAUGCGGAUGGGAACCCACUGCCUGGGUACGGAUGCGAUGGUCUCGGCGACCACGAUUCGGACUUGAUGUGGUUCCCCGGUGCAAUCCUGCUACACGAGCUGACCCAUUACUCCAACUUUUUUCAAGACAUCCCGGGUUGGGACAAUUUGAUCGGGUUCGACAGUGCCGGGCAAAGAUCAAUUGACGACUGGGAAGGCCCGGUCCCGCCAUUUGGUUACGGCGCCUUCUACGCGCGAAUCCUCCAGUACCUCUCCACGGUCAAUCCGGCCCAGUAUGCCGGCGGGCAUGAAGCCAUCAACAACGCAGACAGUUAUGCAGCAUACGCUUUGUCGGUGUGGUGGCGGUGGCGAUGUGGGAGGGAGUUCGCCCCGUCCGUCAACAGCGCCGACACAGAUAACCGAGUUCCGCCUCCGCGUCCGGGAGCUUCUCCAUAG